GUGGCCGUAUACAUGUGUGUGUAAGUAAUGGAUUUGUACCGCCUCUAAAAUACGUAAUUCUCACGGCGUGUUACCGUGUUUUUUCUGGAUUUCCUAUGACGGAUUUGUUCUACAUUCUGUGUGAAUUGUUCCAUUGGCUGUAUACUACCAUCUCGGAGUGUCCUGCGUGAUAUCUGAUUGGACGUAAAAACGGAGUCCAGGGCCGAGGACUAGCUCCGUCGCUGUAAGGUGAGAGUGACAUCAGGCAAAGCAUACCUGGUGGGGUCAGUAAACAGCCGGGGUGACUGGGGAAGGACGCGGGGAUUCUACCGGAAACAGCAUCAUUACAUUGUACAGGUAUGUGAUUGUCUGUAGUGGAGUAUAUCUUGGCUUGUGAACUAAACAAGAGGAUACGCCGGAAUGCCGAGCAGAGUACGUCUCGACUUGUCGUGAGAUACACAAAACGAUACGCCGGGAUGCCGAGAACGCCUCGUCGUUUUAUACGAUGCCCUGGCAAAUGAUACCUAUACGCCUGACGUACACAAGAACAAGAUGGCGCCGACUUCUCUUGUUUCUCAUUGGCUUGACAGUCGUUCUAAGCCUCAUCAAUCUCUGGACCGACCUGAACCUCAAAUGCACGGCCUGUAGAUCUGUGCAUCUGUUUCAUAGGCAGUACGUGGAGCUGGACUUCGACUAUAAGAAAUACAUCAAUGCCACGUGGGAAGCACGUGUCAAUAACGACAGCCUUUUGACACUGUUUACCACGUGGAACCCUUCCAUGCAGAAACCGGUGGUGUACCAUAAUGCCCUUAGAAACUGGGCCUCUUUAAGUCGAAGCGUCACAACUCUUGUCUAUUCGAACGACUCAGAAGUCGAAAAUAUCGCUAAGAAACACAAUUGGCAAGUACAAAAAAUAGAUCGUACUGCGUGCUUUGGCACACCAGUCUUACGAACAAUGUUUCAGGAGGUGAUUGGCAGAGCGAGGAGUAAAUUUUAUGGCUACGCUAACGCUGAUUUGGUAUUCAAUGAUGGCUUAGUGAAAACACUAGAAGCUGUAGCCAACAAUCCCGAAUUCUCCAAAGGGCCGUUACUGAUUGUAGGCAAACGCGUAGACGUCAAUAUAUCUAAGCUUCAGGAGCCGGUUAUUAACGGGACGAAAGACGUGGAGAAACUAGCUCCACACGGGAAGCUUUCGUGGGGAUUUGCCGGAGAUUAUUACAUAACAAAUGAGUUGUUUCCAUGGGAAUUUGUACCGGAUCUCGUAAUAGGUCGCCCUCUGGUGGACAACUGGCUUAUCUGGUACGCUCGCGAAGUAGGUGCGAAAGUGGUGGAUGCUUCUGGAUCCAUUUUAGCGGUUCAUCAGUUAGCCAAUGGACUGAAGAGGAUCAAAUUCAUGUGCAACAAAGCGGAGAUGUGGAAAAAGAAACUGCUGCCAAACCUUCCUGUGUGGAAAGGCAUGAUAGACUGUGCUGGGUAUGAAUCUAGAGUCGGCGACAGUGGAAAGGUCUUUAUAUUACCUAAAAUAUUUUUACCUGAAAUUUGUAAUCAUGACGAAGCGAUUUUCCACUGACGCACGUAGAUCUUAGGUAUAUAGAAUGGCUAUAGAGGGUUAUUUAUCGGUACAGAAUAACGUGUUUUGAAGACGCCGAGAGUUUUCUAGUACAAUACAUUAUAGGGAAUGCCUCCUUAACGACUGGCAGAGGCAAAUAAACUGGUCCAUUAAGUAGAUACAGCUGAUGCAUAUAUAUAAACAACUAAUACAUACACAUGUCGCGGAAUUACUUUAGGGGAUAACUCGAACUAAGUCAGAUACAUAAGGCUUCCCUUUCCAUAGUCUGACGACAGAAUUUAGAACCGUGGGUUUGGGAUAUACUCUAUCGUUAUAACCCAUAUUUCCAUAAAAAAAUUACUUGUGGUUAAUUAGGCACUUUUGUGUAAUGCUUUCCCAGGAAAAUUGUGUGUUAAGGGAUAUUGGUGGGCCCGAUAUAGCCUACUGGAUUAUACAAAGUAAUGCAAUUACCUGAUAAUUAAUUAUUUCUCAUUAAACUUUAAUAUUUACAUUUCCGGUGUGUAUUCUGUAUUUGGCCUUACUAAUGAUAUUGACGUUUACAUUUCGGUAAACGUCAUUCUGGCGCGUAGGGGUACAGUAUUGGCAGUGAGUGACUUUAGGGCCCCGAUUCGGUACACGCACGCAUUCUUUUAUUUUUUACAUCUUGUGAUAAAAUUUAAGAUGUAAAUGUUAAAAAUAUCUUUGGGAAUGGAACCAAAUACUUAUGUUAGUGUGGAACUAUAUUCUGUUUAUAUCCUGUAGGUGACCACCUUUCCCGCCAAAUUGGAACCAGCUGUUUUGCUAUAUAUACUAUCGGUUGUCACGCUGUUACGCCAGUGUCAAUAACGUCCAAUGAAUGACAAGUAUUGAUUUUUUUUCGGUUAGACAAUAAUAAUAAAAAUAAUAAAAGUCAAAUAAUUUCCUUACUGGUGUAUAAACAAGAUAAUAUUUCAUCGGAAUUAUAACCAUCUAAUUACCUUUACUGCUCUAAUCAUAUAAAAUAUCACUUGUGUGGAAGCUAGGGUCUUAUUUCUAUCCGUACAGAUUUGCCACAUCGUGUCACCGAUAAAUAUCUAAUAAUCUGUUCUGGUUUGAUGAUAAUUUUACCUGUAAUGCCACAUUGUAGUUGUUUAUCUGUUUUACGUAGAGUGCGUACAGAAGCCCUGUGUUUUGCGAUAGAUUCACCAUCUUUGCAUUACUUAGCGGUGUUUAAACAUGUUAUUAAACACUGACUAUUUAUUUCAAAAUAUUUCAUGAUAGAUUCAUAUUGAUAAUCUAAAUAUCACGAAUAAACGGUUACAAUCUUAGUGUGUCAGUUUUACAUUGGGAAAGACGUGUCAGCUUCUUAACGUAUUUUAUAUAAUUCAUUAAGAACGUCGUGUUUUAUGUAGUAAAUAGGCGGAUCCA